CAAUCUCACCUGUCGUUGAACCAGAAACUGGCAACUAUCCUCCGGUACCACCUACGGAGAGCUUGGAAGACAUUACACUGCCACCUUCACCUAACAACACCGUGAACGUGGAAAUAGAGACCGGAAGUGAAGAGGAGGUCAAGGUGGAGGGUCGAUACAACAUUGGCGGGUCAAUUACAACAACUUCAACAGCGAAGACAACCCUUCAAGAAGUAUUUACCCCAGAACCAACUCCACCUCCAACUGUUGACGGCUGUUUACUACCAUAUUUCCCAGCUGACGACCCUGACGUGGAAAAUGCCUGGAGAUUUGGAGCAACAAAGUACAGCCGAUUGGAGUAUCGUUCUCUACAAGGAAGAUACAAAAACGAUUACGACUUCCAAAUCGACGUUAAAACAAUGUCCAGAGAAGGAAUAAUCUUCUAUGCAUCGGACAUGAACAAGCAAGACUUAAUUGCAGUGUACCUGAAAGACGGCAAGGUGCACUACAGAUUUAAUUGCGGAAGCGGAGCGGCGACUCUAAUUAGCGAGGACAAAGUCAGCGAUAAUCAAUGGCACACAGUUAAUUUCAAAAGAGAAGGCAGUUACGGGGAAUUAAUAAUCGACGAUUCAAAUUCGGUUUCCGGAUAUUCGGAAGGACAUACAACAUCGAUCAACGUAAAUCCGCCAUUUUACCUCGGGGGAAUAAUGCCGGAAAAGUCAUCGAACGUAUUAGAAAAAAUCGGCCUGAACAAGACAUUUACCGGAUGUCUGACGAGCUUCAAAAUGAACGGCCAGGUGAUCGGCGAACCCGCCGAGAAGAUCGGAGUAAUUCCCUGCUCCAAGAGAGUAGAGCCUGGACUUUUCUUUUAUCCCGGAAACGGCAGUAAUUUGUUCAAAGCCCUGGACAGAUUCACCGUCGGCCGUACCGUGGACAUCCAAAUGGAUAUAAAGCCAAGGUCGACUUCCGGUCAUUUGGUGUCCAUUCACGGGAAGCGGGAUUUCCUUAUUCUGGAAAUGAUCAACGGGACGAUAAGAUUUGUUGUCAAGACGAUAAAAGGGCAGAUCGAGACGUCAUUCGAGCAAAUGAUGCCCAACGCGCUUUGCGAUGGAAACUGGCACAACAUCCGCGCAAUAAAGCAGAAGAGCGCGUUGCUUUUAUCAGUCGACCACAAGGCGGCGCCACCAGGAGUGGGCCAGGCCGGGAAGAACGCGGCACCAGUUCUCUCUAAACAUCCCCUGUUCAUCGGAGGCCAUCCGAUGUUGGGCAGAAGACUUCGAGGAAGUGUUUCCCAGUCCCAAUACGUCGGAUGCAUAAGCAACAUAAUGAUAAAUCAAAGACCAGUCGCCCUGGACCCUGAACGAGCCUACGGCCAUGUUACAUCCAGCGUCUGUCCGACGAUAUGAGCGAAAACCCGGACCUAACCUCAAAUUUGGGGACUCUUUGAACCUCCUGACCGACGCACGCCACAGUUUCCCUGAAAACACAAACCCCCUCCUCAAAAUUCAGCCUUUUCCACGAUUAACCUCAUUUCCCAAGAGGCUGAACUUCUGAGAACAAAGGAGGAAACAAUGGCGUGCGUCGUUUCUAACCUGGCUAGAAAUGCAGCGAUAAAUAUGGGAUUUUUAAUCUACGCAGUUAAAUCCAGUUUUUCCUGUAGGGGAUUAAUCUGCGCAGAUCGGAUUUGCCCGGGUUUACGUCCGAUGGAUUUAUCGCAGCGCGUGAAUAUUUUUACACACCCAGGAGAAUCCAAGAUGGCGGCGCCGCGACUAUUCUAUCUUUAACCCUAGUUUUACAUCGAUAUUAAGUAAUUAGAUUAUCGCACGUCGCGGAACUAGUCUUUUAAGACUGUCAGGGCGGGACUUAUACCAAAAAUAACAAUUUUUUAGUGAGGUUAGGGUUCCACCGACGUGUCCACGUUACGUUGAAAUAAAAAAUGUACUUUGCGCUGUACAUUAAGCGACGCGAAACGUACACAGAUCCGCAAUUAACGUCAAAUAAUUUUAAUAUCCACCGGCCUGCUUUUCAUAACCUCAAAAUAUUUAUAAAAGUUUCCUCCGAACUGGGUGCACCGAGUAAUGUUAAAUAUUAACAGGUGAUUAUGGGGGACCUAAGGAGGAUUUGUGGUAUGGAAAUUAUUCUAUGUGGUAGAAAUUAAUAAUUUCCAUUGUUCAUUCCCCGUCCCUAAUGUUCCUGAUAAUUACAUUCGCCGUAAUAAAUUUUUUAUCUUA